UCUCUGUAGUUCCACAACACGCAUGUAUAUAGCUGUCCAAAAGCUUUGGUGUCAUGAGUGCUGAUAAUUGUGGUGGAAAUGUGUCUGUGCCUUUACGAAAUCUACUGAACUCCAUCCAGUGUAUUAGAGACCGAGUCAGAGAUGGAGAGUCUAAUGAGUCAGAUGGAGCGUUCAACCUCUCCAACUUCUGGGAGACUCUGAAUCAGGCAGUGAAGGCAGUGUCCCAGGAAGCCACUAAACUCAGCUUGGCCUUCUCCAAACCCCCGCUGCCAUCACAACAGGAUGUAGAGAAGUUAGCAGAGGUCAUCCUGAAGAGUGUCCUUACUCUGUCUACAGUGUAUUACUGGCUACCUAAGAGCCAAGGUAUCAGUCUGCGCCGACAGGUCAGAGACGCCACAGUCGAGGUCCUGGAGGGAGUCACACAGCUUGUGGAGGCCAUACUGAGCUCACCGCUACAGAGUCUGACCCAGGAACAGUUGACAACAACAGGGGGUGUGUGGUCAGCCUGCGACCAGUUUACCCAUCUGCCACAAGACAAUAAGGCAGCUGUGCUGGUGGUUCUGUCCGCUCAGAUUGGAGUUGUGAAAGACGCCAUAGAGGAAAUUGAACAGGCUGUAUCCGAGGCCCACGACCCGUUCAGCGACGUCCUCGACGAUGACCAGGAAGGGGGUGAGCCUCGAGGCAACCAGGACACUUAUUGGUCGGAGAAUGACCGGCGCGUGAUCGGUCCAUGCCAGGGGCUGAUGAAGGCGGCAGCGGCGUGCCUGAGGAAGCUGAUGUCGGCCGUCAAAGCCAACGGUGACGUUACCACACCUCAGAACCUGGCUCAGCUCGACGACCUGGCUGACAUCGUCAAGGAUAUCAGCCCUGGUGUUGAUGAUCUGGCUCUCUGUCUCUACCCGCCCAUGGACUACAGUGGAGUUGAGACCAACGUCUCUAAAUUGGCAGCACUGUUAAAGAAAGUUCUGGAGAUCAUCAGAUUCAGUCAUGUGUGUGGGGAAUCGCAGCUGACCUGGGUUCAGUUCUUAGAUGGAGCCGUCGAUCACAACCUGCAAAAAGCCAAAGACCUUAUUCAGCAGGACAGCUAAUGUGUGUGUGUGUGUGUGUGUUUCUCUGCAAUUAGAAGUGUGUCUGUGUGGGGUUUGAUGUGCCAAUGUAUGGAGUGAAUGGUUACAGUGUGCGUGUGUGUGUGUACAUAUAAGAGAUUUGGGUUUCGAAGAGAGUAUCACUGUAUUUACAAGCACAUGCAUGUACAACAUAUAAGAAUUAAAAGGACAUUAUACAUGAA